GGGGUAGAGACCCGAACCGAGCUGAACUACCGCUGGGCUGUCGCUGUGCCGAGCGUGCGUUACGCGUCUACAUGGUCCUGUACGGAGGAUGGCUGGUUUGAAUUUGCACAAAUGCAGCGGAUGCGCCGUUCCUAGUAGACCAUGGCCUUUUGUCGUUGAUCUUCGAUCGUUCCCUCCUUCAAGCUUCAUGGCCCAGGAAAUGACGGAAAUGGCAGAUGACAAAUGCGAUCAGACCCAGGUCGAGGCACUCGAGAAUGGCGGUAGCUCUUCGUCUCUCGGGCUAGAUGCCCGCCGCGAAGCUGGCUCGGUGCAGCUGCUGGAUGCCCAACAUGUCGUCCUCGUGCCGACUCCCAGCCGAGACCCCAAGGGUGAGUGAGCAGCAACGAAUCACGACCUUCCAGUGUGCCACAUAUUGGCUCACCACCACCGUCUCUCGCUCGUUAGACCCUCUCAAUCUUCCCCUGUGGCGCAAGAACAUCACUGUUCUGAUCGUGGGCCUGUAUUCGGCCUUUGCGGUCCUCGCCACCUCCGGCAUGGGCGCCAUCGUCACCCAGGUGAGGGAGAUGUACCCGCCUGAGGACCAGGACCGCGUCAGCGACCUGCUCACGCACCCGACGCUGUUCAUGGGCAUCGGUAACCUGCUCGCCAUGCCGCUGUGCGUCGCCGUCGGCCGCCGCCCCGUGUUCCUCCUGUCCCUCGUCAUCCUCGUCGCCUCGGGCAUCGGGUGCGCAUGCUCGACAUCCCUGACCUCCCACAUCGCGGCACGCGACAUCCUCUCGGUGGCGGCGGGCCAGAGCGAGGCUCUGGUUGCCUUCAUGGUGCAGGAGGUCCACUUCCUCCACCAGCGAGGGAGGGCUGCCACCUGGAACGCGGCGAUUCAAGGCGUUGUCACUGGGGCCAUGUUCGUCGCGACUACGUAUCUUGUCCCGGCUUGGGGAGUCCGGUGGUGGUAUGGCGUCAUCACCAUCGUCAACGGCGUCCUCCUGAUCGCCUCCUUUUUCCUCGUCCCGGAGACCAUGUACGACCGGGUGCUGGAGGAUGACGGAAAUGAAACAGGGAGUCCCAAGGCCGCUCGGGUGACGACGACGACGAAUCAUACGCUGGACCCUGAGCGGUAUGGUGCCCGGACAUGGCGUCACGACCUGAAGGUAUUCCACUUCAAGCCUCGAUGGCACGAGACCUGGACUUUCUACAAGACCGCCGCCCUGUCUUUCUGCAUUCCCGCCAUCGUGUGGCUGCUCCUGCUUAACGGCGCCUUUCUUGGCGUCUACGUCUUCCACUCGUCCACGUUCGCCACCGUCUUGCUGGGCCCGCCGUACCUCUUCGAGUUCGGGUUCCUAGGAUUUGUACAGCUGGCCAUCGUGCUCGCGAAUUGCAUCGGGCUGGUGGUCAUCGGCUACGGCUCGGACUGGAUCAUCAAGCUGAUGAGCAGGCUGCACAAGGGAAUCUACCAGCCCGAAUACCGUCUCCUCUCGGCCAUCCUGCCCUCCAUCAUCGCCGUCGUCUCGUGCGUCAUCUACGGCCAGACGGCGCAGCACCCGGACCAGUGGUCGUGGGCCGGCAUCGUGGUCCCGUACGCGGCCGGCUACCUCGCCUUCCUGGGCGCCAACACGGUCUCCAUCACGUACGUGGUCGACAGCUGGCCCGCCGAGGCCGGGCCGAUGCUGCUCGUCGUCGCCGCCGGCCGCGGCUUCAUCAGCUUCGGCCUGAGCUACGCCCUGGUGCCCUGGAUCGCCCGGAACGGCUACGACGGCUCCAUGCGCGAGCUCGCUAUCAUCUGUGGCGUCUUCGCCCUGCUCGGCAUCCCGUGCUACGUCUUUGGCAGGAACAUCAGGGUCUGGUCGAAGAAGCGGCUGUAUCCGUCGCCGGCUUGUUAGGAAGUGUCAACAUGCCUAGGUAUCUAUUCAGUAUUGUUUAGCAGGUGUUACGGGAUGGCACGGUGAAAUGAACGUGAUCGACGAAAUAGGAGUGGCUCAUCCAGGAACCCUGAGCUGGUUCUGUCCGUGCCGUCAACAAGCCCUCAUA